UGCCAAACAACGCAGCGUUUGGUACUUUAUGUCGGCAAAAAAGCAGCAGCAUUCAGGGAUGGAAGCUAGUAAAAGAAGCGGAAAAUAGUUUCAGAAAAACCUAAAAUGCUUUGGCAUCUCGCUAAAAAAGCAAAUGACCAAAAACAGAAUAAAACGAGGAUCAAUAUUGGAGACUCUUUUGUAAGGUGACGUCUGAGAGACCAAAGACGGAUGUAGAGCUGGCAACAUUUCUCCUCGACAGAAACUACAGGUGAAACUACAGGUGAGGUCAUGGUGCUUGUUCAGUGAUAAAUAAGACUUAUUUAUCAGGUUUAGGUCUGCUGUGUGGUUAUUUUCUGUCUGAGGAGCAGUGAAGGGGGUGGGGUCUCAGGGUAUAAAUGCAGGCCCCCUGCCUCCCCACACAGAACACAGACAUGGACAUCCACAUAGAUCAUCUGGUCCGGCCACUCGGCGUCAUGGAGAACCUGGAGAAGCAGCUGAGCUGCCCCAUCUGCCUGGACAUGUUCUCCAGGCCGGUGGUCAUCCUGCCCUGCCAACACAACCUUUGCCGGAGCUGCGCCAGCGACCUGUUCGAGUCCAGGAACCCCUAUCACUUCUCCGGGGGCACCUUCCGCUGCCCCACCUGCCGCUUCGAGGUCGUGCUGGACCGCCACGGUGUGUACGGGCUGCAGAGGAACCUGCUGGUGGAGAACAUCAUCGACAUUUACAAGCAGCAGCAGGAGAGUCGCGGGGACCACGAUGAGGAGCCUCCCCUCAAGGACAAGGACGACAAGGAGCCGCGCUGCAAGGAGCACGAGGAUGAGCGCAUCAACAUCUACUGCGUAAGCUGCCAGACCCCCACGUGCUCCAUGUGUAAGGUGUUCGGUCAGCAUAAGGACUGCGAGGUGUCGCCGCUGCGCCUUGUCUACCAGAGCCGCAAGAGCGAGCUGCACGCCGCCGUGGAGCUGCUGGCGGCCCGGAACGGGGGCGUGCAGGCCGCCGCGCGGCAGCUGGAGGACUCGCGCCGGCUGGUGGAGGAGAGCGGUGAGCGGCAGCGUAGGCGGCUGGGCGAAAGCUGCGACCUGCUGUUCGCGCUCCUGGAGGAGCGGAAAGCCGCGCUGCUGGAGCGCAUCAGCGGCGAGGAGCGCGGCAAGGUGGCGGUGCUGCGCGAGCUGGCGGACCAGUACCGACAGCAGAUGCAGCUGUGCACGCAGCUGCAGGAGAAGCUGCGGCAGACCAUGGACCGUUGCGGCACCUCAGAGUUCCUGCUUUCCGCCAAGCAGCUGCUGGACGAGGCGCAGCAGGCUGCGCGCGCCGCGCACCUGAAGCAGCCCGAGUCGGGCUUCGAGGCCAUGGAUCAUCUACGCUUAGACACACGGGAGGUGGAGGCGCUGCUGGCCCGCAUGGACUUCACACAAGAGGGGGAACAGGAGUCUAGCUGAAAGCAUGGGGAGCCGCACAGGCAGGCGCGCGCUCCGUUACCGAACUCUGAAACUUUUUAUACUUUUAGAAUGUUGUGAUGUGUGUUUGCUGAACCGUGUGAAUAAAGUUUGACCUGACUCUGA